UCUCUGAUGCCCUCUCGUCGUGGGCAAAACAGCAGCAGCAGCAAACCUCGAUACCGUGUGGCAGUUUACUUCCUGGUCGUAUUACUGCUGCCAUCAUCAUCAUAAUACGCAAGAGCAAAGUGAUGUCCUGGUCAAUUGAGAAUUGAGGCGUUGGUGCUCAUCUCCCGGAACCCCCGUCUGCCCUGCACCACCGUUAUCAGCUGUUUUAGAGAGUGUGGCUUAUUUGUGGAAUAAGUCACUGUUUUGACAGACACACAACGCCGCGAUGAGCAUCCGUUGCCAUCCCAGCCCCGGGUCAAAAAAUGCCAGUUCGUUCAACUCCGUGGCAGGAGCGUUUCAGAUACGAUUUGCCCACCCUGAGAAGUGGACAAAUGCCUUCCAUUCUUAAUUGGGGUGCACAUUGGGCCACGUACUUUGGCGGAACAAAAGAAAACCCCACUCCCGAGAUUUUACCGAUUUCUCGCCGAGAGCGGUUCACGUAGCUGCCCAAGCGAGACGGUUCCACUUCAGCGGAGUGAUCUCACUUCACCAUCACCCCGAGGGCAUCCAGCCACGGCUGUGGCUUAAGUAGGCAUAGAACCCGUGGCACGGGGAGAGUAGGAGGGGGCGACGGGGUGGACAGUCGUGCUUACAACUCAGUCCACAACCCGACCCAAGGACCGACAGAUUCCCGCCACCGGGCUGCACACAACGCUGGCAUUUUUAGUGGACGUCUUUCCCCCCCACGUCCCAUGAUUCGAUCAUCCGUCGUGAUUUUGGCGUCGUGUUUAUCAAGAAUCAAGGUUUUUUUUUUCUCUAGGGGGUCAUUAGCAACGUCGUCUCAUGGCACCAUGCUGUGCGAGGAGUUCAUCCGAGCCAAGGCAGCAGCGAUGGCGCCAUCUCGGCAGUUCAAGCUCGGGAAGAAGCCUCGAGGAAGAGGGGGAGGAGGUGACGACAAGGCCGCGCUUGGAGGCGUCACGAGGCAAGACCGCAGCCUCAGCUGGGAGGACCUGACGCCGCUGUUCCCUCCGCCGUCGCCGUCAUCGCCGCCGCCGCCGCAGCAGCAGCAGCAGCGGCGGCGCGAACCGGGACGCGGCGCGGGCACGAACACCUGGCGGCGGCCGCUGGGGUCGCGCAGCGGUACGCCGGCGAGCAGGCCCGGCGUCGCGUGGCAUCGCGCGCCACAGCCGAAUGCGGGCGACGAGUCCACGGCCGGAAUGGCGAAGAGGCACUCGCUCAAGCACGGAUCGCGGGAGUACGCGGGCCCCGGCAAGUCGAGCUCCCCCUCCAUCGUCAUCCCCCACCAAAGGCUGGACGCCGCUAGCGGGGGCGGCGUGGCCGCUCAUUGCGUGUCGCCCAUGAGCUUCAGCCUCCGCUACGACGACAUCCACGUGGGCAGCGUGGAGUCGGCCAGGCCGACGGUGCCGCCGCCGCCGCCGACCGCGGAGGCUACCCGCGACAAGGCGGGGUCCCGGCACGACGCGGGCACCCGGCCUAAGUCGUUCCACGGCGGCAAGGAUGUGCCAGGAGAUUCUCUGUUGCUCAUAACCCACCCUGGGUCCAACAGCGCCGUUCAUUCCGAGUCGCUGCUCAACAACUACCUCCGAAAAAAGAUGGAGGAGAUUGAGCACGCCAUGCUGCUCUCCCCUGGCCGCUCUCCCCAGAGCCUCAUGGCUCGACUCCAGCACCUCUCCCUGUACAACACCGAGCAGCCCAGCCUGGUGGCGACGGGGUUGGAGAGCCACGGGCGGAUGGGCGAGGAGGUCUCCUCGAGUGUGCUGAGCACCCCGGUGCUGCAGAUCUCGGAGGAGAACUCGCAGGACCGGGUGGCGAGGCUCCACGGCGCGCGGUUCACGCUGCCGCCCUGCGCCAGGGAGGGAGCCCUGCGAUCACCGGCGCCGUCACCGCUGCCGCCGGCGUUGUCCGUCUGCGCCGAUGGACGCGUGGAUUCUCACUGCAGGAAUGAGGAGGACGCGAUGGGAGAUUUCCCCUUAUCAUUGUCGCUCACAGAAAGCCAGAGGCUCAAGUCCGACAGCAUCAGCAAGAUGCUGCAGCGCAGCGUCUCGCUGCCGAGCCUCCCCGCGCUGGCCGCGGGCCCCACGGGCUCCGCAUCCACGCUGGAGUUGUAUGACCAGCCCACGCUCGCCAUGCUGCAGCGCUGCCGCUCCGCCACCGAGUACCUGCAGCAAUUCACCUCGUGGGACCGCGACGCCGCCGCCGCCGUCAACGCCAACGGCGACGCCGACGCCCGAGGCGACGGGGAGGGAGCAUCGUGCCGGAGCGGUGGCCCGGGCGGCCACUUCUCCACGUUCAGCGGCGAGCUCGGCUCGCACGACCUCCGCAUCUCGUUCGGCUGAGACGGCGGGUGCCGUGACGGCACCCGCCGGUGGCAGCCGGGCUGCGCCGACCGACGCAUCGCCCGAAGGGUCAGGGUUGGCGGGUGG